AGUAAUUUUUCUAGUGUGUAAUUUUACUCAUACUUGAGUACAACUUACACCAUGUAAUCUACUUCGCUACUUAUAAAAUCAAAAGUCGCUACUGAGUAUGCCCACAAUUUGAAUUAAUAUUCAAACCUUUCGUCUGCAUUUUUGCAGCCAAUAAGGCCGUGCAAUCGCGACCGCGCCAAUUUAAGCAAAGAAUAAACCCCGCUGCAGCAGCAGGCGCAGCAGGUGUCUAGAGGUGCUAAAUGGUGGAGUAUAAACUACUUUAUAGACGGAAGAUUUGGAGACAAAGAAGCCAAAAUGGAGACAGAAGACAACACUGUCAACCAUGAAAACGACGUAGAUAAGACGGAGGACGAGUGCCCGUGGCCGUACCUGGAGGAAUUUUUCAUGUACAGAGGGAGGAAAGGAGACAGCGUCCAGAUGCAGUGCAAACUUUGUUUGACCUCUACAGUCAUUUCAGCUUACAAGACUUCAGCGUCUAAUCUAAAAAAACACAUUGAGAGAAAACAUCCAUCGAAGAUUGAGCGGUACAAUAUCACUGUGGCAUCAACAUCUCGUCAGCAAAAGACCACAGCCACACCAAACAAGCUCUCAGCAAAUACACAAGCCAAGUUACCAGACCUGAUGUUGAGAGCUGCAAACAAACAUGUUCCACAAGCAACUGUUGACAAGCUUGUCAUCAAUUUCAUAUGUGAGAGUCUACAGCCAUUUGCAGUGGUAGAACAGCCGUCUUUCAAAGAAUUAGUUACCACAUUACAACCUCAAGCCAAAGUCAUCUCCAGACCCACUGUCCGUGCCAGAAUCUGUGAAGCUGCUGAUCACAUGAAGAUGACUUUG